AGGUUCAACAACCACUGGAGCUACAACAGCAAUGACAGCUUCUCCAACCACAUCCAUUAGAACUCCAACCACAACCACAGCUGCUCCAACCACAACAACUGCUCCAACCAGAACAACUGAAGCACCAACAACAACCACAGUAGGUUCAACAACCACUGGAGCUACAACAGCAAUGACAGCUUCUCCAACCACAUCCAUUAGAACUCCAACCACAACCACAGCUUCUCCAACCACAACAACUGAAACACCAACAACAAAUGCAGCAGCUUCAACCACAACAGCCACAUCAGCACCAACUACAAUUACAGCUUCUCCUCCAACCACAGCAACUGAAGUACCAACAUCAACGACAGCAGCUCCAACAACAAUCACAGGAUCACCAAUUAAAACCACAGCUUCCCUAUCGACAACCACAGUAUUUAUAACCACAACAACUGAAGCACCAACAACCACAGCAGCUUCAACCACAACCACAUCAUCUCCUACCACAACCUCAGUAGCUCCAACCACAACUACAUCAGAUCCAACCACAACUACAAUGUCUCCAACCACAACCAUUGAAGUUCCAACCACAACCACCGCUGCUCCAACCACAACUACAUUAGCUUCAACAACAAAAACAACUUCAGGAGCUCUAACAACAACUAAUGUUGUACCUACAACACUGCCACCCACAGAUCCACUCUCUACUACAGCGCCUCCAACAGGCACACUCUCUACCACAGCGCCUCCAACAGGCACAUUCUCUACUACAGCGCCUCCAACAGGCACAAUCUCUACCACAGCGCCUCCCACAGGCACACUCUCUACCACAGAGCCUCCGACAGACACACUCUCUACUACAGAGCCUCCAACAGGCACAAUGACUACCACAGAGCCUCCGACAGACACACUCUCUACUACAGAGCCUCCAACAGGCACAAUGUCUACCACAGAGCCUCCAACAGAUACACUCUCUACCACACAGCCUCCCACAGAUGCACUCUCUACCACAGAGCCUCCAACAGGCACAAUCUCUACCACAGCGCCUCCAACAGGCACAGUCUCUACAACAGCUCCUCCAACAGACACAAUCUCUACCACAGCGACUCCAACAGGCACAAUCUCUACCACAGCGCCUCCAACAGGCACACUCUCUACCACAUCGCCUCCAACAGACACAAUCUCUACCACAGCGACUCCAACAGGCACAAUCUCUACCACAGCGCAUCCAACAGGCACAAUCUCUACCACAGAGCCUCCAACAGACACACUCUCUACCACAGCGCCUCCAACAGGCACACUCUCUACCACAGCGACUCCAACAGGCACAAUCUCUACCACAGCGCCUCCCACAGGCACAGUGUCUAGCACAGUUACUCCAUCAACAACCACAGACAUAAGCCAAACGACAACUCCAGUUCCUCCUGGUGUGUGUGCUUCAAACCCAUGUCUUGGUGGAAGCACCUGUGAAGAACGUGAUGACCAGACUUACGUGUGCUUGUGUACGGCUGAUGAAGUUUAUGGUCCUCAAGGUUGUCAAAAUGACUGGUGGUUGAUCCUUGUGAUCGUUUCCUCUAUACUUGGAUGCCUGCUGUUCGCUUUGGUGAUCACUCUGCUUGUGGCAGUAAAAAGAUUCAGGAAGAAACUCUUCAAGAACAAAGAGAAAGACAUUUGGAAACCCUAUCACAUCCCUACUUUUGCCCCGGGUCCACCAUCCUACAGCAGCAGCAAAGGCAUUUCUGGCUGGGUCAAAGAACCAGCGAACAGCCUGGCAAAUUCUGCGGCCCCAAAAAUCCCACGGGCCAAACUCAGUCCCAACUGGGACAGCAGGCCCAGCUCUGAGCUGACUCUGAGCAACAGCCGACAAAGCUUGAUUCCUUCGGAGAUGAACACGCAAUUCAGCAACAUCCAAGAUGACAAGUUUCCAUUCUCCCAGAGUCCAUCCAGGAACAUCAGCCCUUAUGGCCAACUCCGAGCCAAAAACCCUUACACCACGACCCAAGGCCAGACUAACCCUUACUUAGUAAUAACCUAAAAAAGCAAAGGGGACUUGAAUCAUUUCAGGGGAUCCUUUACUGUAUAAUAUAUAUGAAGUAUAUAAUUACCAAGUCCAGAGUCACCCAACCUUUCAUUUCUCUAUGUUAUCCAAGCAUCAUUUUUUGAUGUUUAUCCCCACUGAGUUUACAGAUUAGGAGUUCUUACAGAGUAUUUUUUUUGUUCAUGUUUGAUUUUACUAAAGUUUCUUUAACCAUAAUCUGGUAAAUGACAUGAGCUGAAAAUUUCUCCAAAAUUAUUUAUUUAUUUAUUUUUGGUCAAUUUUAACCUUUCUAUGCAAAAGUAAACAAAAAAAAUCUUUCCUGUAUACAAACAAAUCUCCAAGGAAUUCCAGCCCAGUCUGUAGAAAACCUGUAAAACAUAAUCAAACCAUAUUGUAUUUGUUUAGCAAAUUAUUUACAUAUUUUGUUUCAUUUAAUGAAUGAAAAACAAUUUUAACUCUACACAACACAUAUCCCACUAACUACAGUUUUUAAUAUUUGUCUUACCUUUAGUUUUUUAGACAAAUCCUUCUCUCUUAAUUAUUUUAUUAUUUUUGAACCACUUCUGUGUACUCCUUGGAAGAAGUUUAUUAUAUCCUUUGUAUAGAGUCGAUGCAAAUCAGAGAAUCAAGAUGUUCAGCACUUUAAAGUGUAUUUUGAAAAGUGAACACUUUAUAUUGGACACUUUAUAUUUAUUAUAUGAUUAAUUAUUUGAGCAAUGCUUGUAUAUUUAUUCUUUUUUAUUGUGUUGUGAUAUUUAAAGUAUUUUUCCUCAUGUCAUAAGGUAUUUAACUGAAAAGCUGUAAGUCAGAGAGAAUACAUCUCUGAUAGAAUUUUAUAUGCGAAAAAUAAAUGUUGUAUUGGUGAUU